CAUCUACAGCAGGCCGCGGCAGGCUCAACAUCUCCAAUCAACCUUUAUGUGGUCGUAAUAUCCCUCGUGGGCACCUGAUUAGAGAACUCCAAGGCCUGACACCAGCUUAGCCCUCGGCAAAGCUUCUGUCAAGCCAUUUGAAGAUGGCGGCCGUUAGAGCUGCGUUCGUCUCCAAUACCAUAACUAUGAAGCCAGAAUAUUAAGUGCACUGGAUAUGCAACUUGGUCCGGUUAAAACUGUCGGAGAGGUGGCACGAUUUGGCUUUGUACCAUCGAGCCUUGCACGAGAAAAGGCCGAGAUGGGCAUCUUACAGAGCUGGUACAACAUCGCAUUGCGGGCAAAUGUCAGCGACGAGGAGUAUCUCGACACUAUCAGUGUUACCCCACGAAGCGCUAUCUCCACUGAAGGAACAAUACCAAGUUCGAUGUCCUUACCACAACUGCGCUACCCAUCAGAUAAUCCCGACUUGUCUUGGCGCCGGUGGUACCAUAGUCCGAGGCCAAGACGUGUUUCGAGCAUCAUACGCUAUCAUCUACUAUUCAUCUGUGGCACAGACUUCAUAAGUUUAGGCCCUGAGGACAUGCAAGAAGGUGAUACCGCUACCAUUCUCCUUGGUAGCCCCGUUCCUUACAUCUUACGGCCUGUUGCCAAUCGCCUCUUCGAUCAGAGAUUUGACUUGGUAGGAGAGUGUUACGUGUAUAGUGUCAUACAUGGAGAGCCCUCGCAUUACGUACGAGAAGAGGUGGAAAAGGUGGGUGGCAUACUGUCAGAGUUCAGUGAAGAACUGUACGCAAAGGGAAGAAUUUGAAGAUUGUACUGGGGUUGUAUUGGGUGAAGCUAUGAACAGUAUAUAUAGGUGAGUAGCUGUGAACAACGCUAGUGUG